AAAUGUGCUGUCAGAUUUAUGGUGGAGGGAGGAUGAAUGACAGGCUGCUUAGUGAUUUGCAUGGCUCCGGUGUUUAAAAGGAGCUGCAGGUGCAGGAAUCUCCUCAUAGAUGAGUGGAUUUCUCUCAGUGCACAUCUGAGGUUGUUUGGCAGGACUUUUUUUAAACUUUUUUCCUGGAUUUACACGCUGGAUGAUCAGAUUCUUUUGUGUCAUCACCUAAGAAAAGGAUCAAUGACUGUAGACAUUUUUAGCAACUGUCGACUGAAACAACCAGUUUUGUCACAAUGUCAACGCUGAUGUUUUGGUUGCUGCUUCUCCUGAGGGCCACUGAUGCGGUCACCGGCACAUGGAGACAGUGCAAAGAUGUCCUUCCUCUGGAUCUUCUGUCUUUUAUUCUUGAGAGGGACACCUCCCGACUUGUCCCUGGGGUGCGCAUUAAGGAGGCCGAUGGAGUGAGGGGAGUUCAAUUUGUGAGCCCCGACGUCUCCAUGAGCUUUCCUCUCUCGCAGCUGCUGGUGAACUGUGACCUUUUCCCCAAAGAAUUCUCCAUUGUUCUGACGUUGAAAGUCUCUCGCACUGCAGCCAAGAGAAAUGAACAUGUCUUUUCAUUGCUGGCACCAAAAUACUUGAAUAAAAGCAAACACGAGGAGAAGGAAGCUGUUUCAGACACAAAUGAAGGGAAAAGCUCAACUGAAAAGAAGCAGCAAAUGGAGAUACAAGUCAAGAGGAAUCCAGAACCUGGUGAUGUCCUCCUGGGGUUGAAGAUAUCCCCAAAACGGUUGCACUUUCUUAUGAAAGGUGGCUCCGAGGCUGUAGAGCAGUGGGUGUUUCGAGGCAUUGGACUGGCUGAUAACCAAUGGCACACUCUCGUGUUAGCUGUUGGGGAGCAUCACGUGAGGCUCACAGUGGACUGCAACUCUCCCAUAGAAAUCGUUCCCUCCAGGCCCUUUUCCUCAGACCUCAACAUUCAGGGAUCCAGAUUCCACAUUGGCAGUCGUGGAAGAUGGAAGGGCUUGUUUUCUGGUUUGCUGCGACAGCUGGUUCUGGUGCCAGGUUCUGAUGCGACUCAUCAGAUCUGCCCCUCUUCUGACUCCAAAUUAGCUGCUCUGUCUGUGCCACCGCUGCUCCUAGACCUGCCAAUCAUAGGGAGGCAGAGGGAUGUGACUUCUGAUGCUGAGAAGCGAGUUUCAGUGGGUUUGGAGAGGACCUGCACGGAGCUGCAACAAGGUCAGCUGUGGUUCAGUCAAGAAAAGAAAGCCCUUUACCUCUGCGAUGGUUCAGCGUGGAUUACUCUGUUGGAGGGUAAGAACACUUCCACCUGGAAAUAUUUAUAUUAUGUUUACAGAAUAAUCAAACUUUUUUUUUUUUUUGUCAAUGUAGAUCACAAACGGCUGGAUUACUUGCUAGAAAAGCAAGUCCUUACCACAAGCUCAGAGACACAUGAUAUAGAGGUGUUCCAGAUACCUGGGAUAGGUCUAAUGGCUGCUAUGGCUCACCGGUCUCCAUCCUCUGGCUCAGCCGUAUAUCUGUGGACCUCCUCAGGCUUCCGGCUCUACCAGAACAUCAGCACUCAUGGAGCUUUGGCUUGGAGACAUUUCAACCUGGGCAAGAAGACGUUCCUUGUGGUUUCUAACUCUGAGACCGGAUCAGAGAAACAGUCAAGCAAAGAUUCAGGGGCCGACAACUCCGUUAUUUACAAGUGGAGCAAAAAAAGGAAGCGGUUUGUGUCAUUCCAGACUUUGCAGACCUUCUGUGCAAGAGACUGGGAGGCCUUUAACAUCAAUCAUAACACAUAUCUCGCUGUGGCCAAUCACAGAUGGGGCAACAACAACCACACCAUAGAAAGUGUGAUUUACAAGUGGAACAAAUCGACCAAGGCUUUUGAAAUUUACCAGACGAUCCCAACGUCAGGGGCCUAUGACUGGGAGUUCUUCAGUGUUGGUCCGUACCACUUCCUUGUGGUGGCAAACGCUUUUGAUGGAGUAACCACUUCUGUAGACUCUGUCAUCUACGUUUGGAUUGAUGGGAGGUUCCAGGUGUUCCAGAAAAUUAAGACAUUCUGUGCCACAGACUGGGAAAUGUUUCAGAUUGGUGGCAGAGUUUUCUUGGUUGUGGCCAACGGACAUAGACUCUCUGGUACCGGACCAAGUCAGUACACCAUUAACUCAACCAUCUAUGAGUUGGACAUUGGUGGACAAAUGUUUGUACGCUUCCAGGAUAUUGUCACCUACAGUGCUGUCGAUUGGGAAUUCUUCAGCCUCGGGGAGGAACAUUUUUUGGUUGUUGCAAAUUCUUUCAAUGGAGAAUCCUAUUCUCUCAACAGCAUUCUCUAUAGGUGGCAGGGAUAUGAAGGAUUUGUUCCAGUUCAUUGGCUUCCCACGAUUGGAUGCAGCGACUGGGAAUAUUUCACCUAUCAGGGAGAGUCGUAUCUAAUCUACUCAAGUGCAAAAACACCACUUUUUAAAGUUUUCAAGCUAAAAACCUACUGAAGUAAAUAUGUUUGUUUCCUCGUUCUCAACUUUCCUCCAUUUAACAAAACCAUUGCCUUAAGAUAUUUUGUUUCUACUACGUUAAAUUCUUUCCUCUUGUAUUUAUCGUCUAUUAAAGUCUACGUGUGAAUUUUAUUGUGUAAUAUUUCUUAAGUUUGCUAUAUCUAGUAGGUUUUUCUCUAACGUUCUGUUUAUCUCACUGUAAUUACAUUAAUGUAAAUGAAAAAUGUCUUUAAAUUAUAGAUAUUCUAUUAAACUUCAAGAGUUAUUUGAGUCGCUCUUUUGUUACCAUCUUAUUUUAUUUGUUUACAUUUCUUUCAGAAUAUUCAAUAGAAAAGUAUGCUUCCACCAUAUUUUUUCUCUUUUUUAAAAGCACUUUUGUUCAUAUCAAUAAAGCUUCGAAGUGACUACAUUUCCCAGAAUGCUACUGCGCACUUAAAGAACCGCCUACAAGAUAUUUAGUUAUUUUACGAUAUAAAAUAAUGUAC